UAUGCAUUGCCUUAUUAAAUUACAGAUUAUUGAGUAUUUCAUAUUUAUAUGUUUGAUUUCAAUAAUAAGUUAAGAGUCUUUGAUUAACUUAGCUAUGGAGAAUGAAGCAAAUGGGGAUCCAAGGAAGAGUCGUACUUGGACUUUGAUAGAAGAGGAGAAUCUUAUGAAUAUUUUACAAGAAUUGGUUGUUGAAGGUCAAAAACAGCCAAAUGGCAAAUUUAAAGCAGGAGCACAUGAGAUAGCUGCCCAAAGAAUGAAGGCUAGGAUGGAAGGUAUUGACAUUACUUUUAAGCAUGUGGCGAAUAAGCUGAAACGAUGGAACACAAAAUAUACUGCAGUGUUUGACAUGAUAAAUACAAGUGGAUUUGGAUGGGACGACACCAAAAAAUGUGUUAUAGUUGAUAGCCUGCAAGUGUUGCAACAAUAUUUAGCACAUCACCCGAGAGCUCAAAAUUUUGUCAACAAACCAUAUCCACAAUAUGAGAAGAUGCAAAUCAUAUUUGGAAAGGAUCGUGCUGAUGGUCACAUUGCUGAGUCAUUUGCUGAUGCUACAGAAGAUACUCAACAAGAAAAUGAUUUAGGCAAUGAGGCCACUCAAGAAGAGAGUGAGAUUCCUAUAAACUCACCUUAA